GAGCUCCAGCCCCGCGACUGGUAACAUGGCUAAACGCACCAAGAAGGUUGGAAUUGUUGGUAAAUAUGGAACACGUUAUGGUGCAUCCCUCAGAAAAAUGGUGAAGAAAAUUGAAAUUAGCCAGCAUGCCAAGUAUACCUGCUCCUCCUGUGGCAAGACCAAAAUGAAGAGAUGGGCCGUGGGUAUCUGGCAUUGUGGAUCCUGUAUGAAAACUGUAGCUGGUGGUGCGUGGACCUACAAUACCACCUCUGCAGUCACAGUCAAAUCUGCCAUCAGAAGACUGAAGGAAUUGAAAGACCAGUAAAAUCUUCUUAUCAAAUACCUGUAGCCCAUAGUCCAACAAUAAAUGGGUUAAUUUAUGGAAUAAAAAAAAAAAA